AUGGAGGCCCUCCGCCAGAUGGAGGAGAGCAGGACGACGACCCCUGUGUUUGGUCCUGAGCCACGACCUGUGGUCAGGGAGUGGAGCUUGGAGGACUUUUUGAAGCACCGCCCAGCAAAGUUUGAUGGGAAGACUAGUCCUGACGCCGCAGACCAAUGGCUGAAGGACCUGGAGCGCGUCUACGACGCCAAGAUGUGCCCUGUGGAGGACAGGUUGGCGUUCUCGGUCUAUAUGCUCACGGGAGAGGCAGAGCAUUGGUGGAGCAGUACCAGAUCCAUCCUAGAGGAGAGGGAUGAGCCAGUGACAUGGGAAACUUUCAGGGAGAAAUUCCUCUCCGAGUACUUUCCAGACAGCAUCCGAUACGCCAAGGAGGUGGAGGUAAUGGAGAAGAUGAAGCGCGAAGUGGAAGGCCAGCGCCCACCGCAGUCACAGCCGCCCCAGAGGAUUGGUGGACCAUCUGGGUCCAGGCCCAGAUAUGAGGAGCAGAGGAGACCGUAUGAUAGACCACACCAUCAGCCUCAGGAGUCUAGGAGCUUUCCUCCGCAGCAGGGUCGAGUUCGGUGUUACUCAUGUGGAGGACCCCACCCGAGGUAUGCGUGUCCACGUAGGGAGGGUUACCGUCGGUGCAACAACUGUGGCAAGGAAGGCCACUUUGGGAGAGAUUGCCCCAACCUUUCUAGGGCAGCGACACGCCCUCCAGUUCAGGCACCCCAUCAGCAUUAG